UUAAGCGUGAUGGAUAGUAUCUGCGCCAACCAGUUCCGUGAAUAUCCCAAUUUUCGACUCGAACAUUUAUCGUGCUUCGGGUCACCAGUUUCAGACUCCAUGGAUUUAUCUACCGCAGAAGAAACUUGCAAAAGCUAUAAAGGUCAGAUUAUCACUGUACAAUAUACUCGUGAUAUCCUUCUUCUUCAAAAAGCUCUUUCACAAGUGACUUCCGGAACCUAUUGGACUACCAUGAUUGUUCCUGCGUUUUCUGCAGGAAUGAUUAGAGGAGAUAAAGCCUGCGUUAGAUUUACCUCUUCGAGUUACGGUCCUGCACAUUGUUCUGAUAAACAUAUACCUAUAUGUAGCAGAAAUAUCGAAUGUUCAGCAACCUGGUAA